AUGUCAAAAUCGCCAGGAGACUCCACACGCUUCACAGCGACGGGCGUUUGGGCGCACACAAGACCGGGAGGCCGAGCUACGACACUGCAGUUCGCCGAUCCCGCACCCAAGAAUGAAACGCCACAACAGAAAGUCAAGAGAUUACGAGAGGCUGCGAAUAGGGCGAAGAUGGCACAGGUCACGCGGUGGGAUUACAUGUAUUUGUACGGCAGAAUGGCCGCAGAUGCGGCGCAUCGGUUUACAGUCUACGGUUUAAUCUUUGCGACUGGUUGCGUCGGUGUCAUCGCCGUCUUCUCGAUAGGCGACAUGAUUGUCUACAAUCGACGGAAGCGCGCCCUAUAUUUCGCCGAAGAAGAGAAGGCACAAGCCAGGAUCCUUGACCUCGCCCGCUCCGCCGUCGCCAGUGGGACAGCAACACCGGCACAAACUGCCCUUGUCACAGGAAUUGCCGAAGAGCAAGAAGCAUAUGAGAAGAAGCAGGCAGAGCGCAAACUUCCCUCAAGGCUGCUGUGGUGGGCACAUGGUGACUGGAAAGAAGAGAAGGAAAUUGCGGAGCAAAGACGACUGGCGGUUGAGGAGGUCAAGAGACAGGAAGCACAGCAAGGACAAGGCCUUGGUAUAACCACAGCGGUUCAGGAAGCGAGGGCGAAUACCAGUGGUGCAUCCUCACUAGCCUCAUCAUCGACACCGCUAGUCGGAGGCCCACUAGACAAUACUGCCAAGAGAGCGACUCAGAAGGUCGAGCAAAAAAUAGAGCAAGCGAGCAAGGGCUGGUUCAGCUUCCUGGGUGGAUCUAAGAAAGAGUAG